CUGAAAUCGAUGAAAACGAUGGGUAUGAUGAUGAAUCGUAUUGUUUUAUUUGUAUGCUUCUGUUUCAUCUUUUUGAAUAGUGUUACUGCUGCACCUUACAAAAAGGGAGUCCUUUCACCUAGUGAUGAUCCAUUUUACCAACCACCUUCGGGCUUUGAAAAGGAAAAGCCUGGUACAAUUUUAAAAUCUCGUCUUCUUCCUCCCAAAUCUCUUGCCGCUUUCUCUGUUUUUCCUCAAAAUAUUAAAAAUGUUUAUCAAUUUCUUUAUCGAACCACCGAUGCGCUUGGAGAGCCCAUUACUACAGUGACAACCCUUAUGGUUCCUUACAAUGCUGAUCCUUCCAAACUCGUCACUUAUCAAAUCAUGCAAGAUAGUCCUUCUACUGGUUGUUCUCCUUCUCAAGUGUUGCGAAAAGGCGAUGGUUUAAAGGGUAUCAUUAGUCAAGGUGAACUUUUAUUCAUCGAUACACUUCUUGCACGUGGAUGGUAUGUCAACACAGCUGAUUACGAAGGAUCAAAAGCAGCAUUCACAGUGGGUGCUAUGGCAGGACAUGGUAUUCUGGAUUCUGUUCGCGCAGUGUUACAUAGCAGCAAUCAAACGAAGAUUCAACCUGAUGCUGAUAUCCAAAUCUGGGGCUACUCUGGAGGAGCUCUUGCUUCUGGAUGGGCUACACAAUUACAACCUACCUAUGCUCCUGAACUGAACAUUAUUGGUGCUGCUCUUGGUGGAACGCCUGUGGAUCUGAAUGCGACAUUGAAUGCUGUGAGUGGAACUGUUUUUGCUGGCCUGGCGCCUUCUGGUAUCAUCGGUCUCUCUCAACAAUACCCUGACGUAGCCAAGUAUGUGGAUUCUAUUCUUGUACCUGAAAAGAAGGAAGCCUUUUACAAAGCCAAAGAACUCUGUCUUUCUGAACUGGUGGCUAACUAUGCUUUCCAAAAGAUGUCUUCGUAUGUGACUCGUCCUGAUUAUACCAAUGCUCCCGUGGCAAAGAAGGCAAUGGAAGCUAAUGUGAUGGGUCAUGCUAGUGUACCAAAGUUUCCUUUAUUCAUGUACCAUGCCGAACAUGAUGAAGUGGUUCCUUAUGCUCCGGCUGCUAACUUGUAUACAAACUGGUGCAAACGUGGGGCAAACAUUCAAUUUGUCAAGGAUGAACUCUCAGAACAUCUCGUUCUUUAUGUUACCGGUGCUGCCAAUGCUAUCAACUUUUUGGAAAAUCGAUUCAAAGGCGUCGCUGUUGAAACUGGUUGUUCUUCUCGUACCACUGUCACCUCUGCUUUGGAUCCUGGCGCUCUUGAAGUCUUUGGUGAAGCGAUUUGGAAUGCUUUGGAUGGGUUGCUUGGCCUUCCUAUUGGUCCUGGAAAUAUUUGAAGAUCAUCAUCAAAAAAAAAAAAAAAAAAAA